AUGAUCCCUGAACGUCCCGGAGCCGGGGAAGCGAGGAGCCGGGUCCGCCAGCAGCACAGCCCGGCAGCAGAACCGAGCCAGAGCCGCAGCGUCGGAGGCUUGUUAUCCCAAAUUAAGAGCAGCAUCAGGAGCGAAUCUUUCACCGAACACUACACUAUCAUCCCCGGUAAAGAGCUGGGAAGGGGGAAGUUCGCCGUGGUCAGAAAGUGCGUGGAGAAAUGUACGGGUCACGAGUACGCAGCAAAGUUCAUGAGGAAGAGGCGGAAAGGCCAGGACUGCCGGAUGGAGAUCAUCCACGAGAUCGCGGUGCUGGAACUGGCCACGGCUAGCUCCCGCGUGGUCAACCUCCACCAGGUGUUUGAGAUGGCCUCUGAGAUGGUGCUGGUCCUGGAGUUUGCGGCCGGAGGCGAGAUCUUCAACCAGUGUGUGUCAGAUCGAGAAGACGAGGCCUUCAGCGAGGAGGACGUGAAGAGGCUUAUGAGGCAGAUCCUUGAGGGAGUCUCUUUCCUGCACCAGAACAACGUAGUCCACCUCGACUUGAAGCCUCAGAACAUCCUGCUGACCAGCAGCUCUCCUCUGGGCGACAUCAAGAUCGUGGACUUUGGUCUGUCCAGGAUGGUCUGCAGCCACCAGGAGCUCAGAGAGAUUAUGGGAACCCCGGAGUAUGUUGCUCCUGAGAUUCUGAAUUAUGAGCCAAUAAGCACAGCAACAGAUAUGUGGAGUAUUGGCGUUUUGGCCUACGUGAUGCUGACAGGAAUCUCUCCGUUCCUGGGCGAGGACAAGCAGGAGACGUUUCUCAACAUCUCCCAGCUCAACGUGAGCUACAACGAGGAGGAGCUGCAGCAGCUGGACCAGGCCGCUCUCUCCUUCAUGCAGACUCUGCUCCGCAAACAGCCACAGUUUCGGGCCACAGCUGAGCAGUGUCUCAAACACCCCUGGCUUCAGCCCUCAGAGACUCAGCAAAGCCAGACACUGGAGGAAAUCCCUCCAGUGGAGCUCCAGGAGGCCUCCAGCACCACCAGCAGCUCUGUCAGCAGCCCCGAGACUCCCAGCAGCACGACCACAGCCGAGGAAGAGGAAGAGGAGGAAGAAGGCUCGGUGACGGAGGAGCUGAUAGUGAUGGCAGCCUACACCCUGGGCCAGUGCCGCCAGUCCUCCACCUCCACCUCGGAGAAGGAGGUGCUGGCAGCCGAGCAGAAGGCCAUCUCCAAACGCUUCAAAUUCGAGGAACCCUUCAGUGCCCUGCAGGAGGUCCCUGGAGAGUUCAUCUACUAA